AUGGACAUUCCGUAUUACCACUAUGACCACGGAGGAGACAGCCAAUAUCUCCCUCCGGGUUUCAGGUUUCAUCCGACAGAUGAAGAGCUCAUCACUCAUUACCUCCUCCGUAAGGUCCUCGACGGUUGCUUCUCAAGCCGUGCCAUCGCAGAGGUUGAUCUCAACAAGUGCGAGCCUUGGCAACUUCCCGGGAAAGCUAAUAUGGGAGAGAAAGAAUGGUACUUCUUUAGCCUCCGUGACCGGAAAUAUCCGACGGGACUGAGAACGAAUAGAGCAACGGAGGCUGGUUACUGGAAAGCUACCGGAAAAGAUAGAGAGAUUUAUAGCUCAAAGACUUGUGCACUUGUUGGGAUGAAGAAGACUCUUGUCUUCUACAAAGGACGAGCUCCUAAAGGAGAGAAGAGCAGUUGGGUUAUGCAUGAAUAUCGUCUUGAAGGCAAAUUCUCUUACCAUUUCAUCUCCAGAAGCUCGAAGGACGAAUGGGUGAUCUCUAGGGUUUUCAAGAAAACCGGUUUAGCUAAUACCGGAGCCUCAGCUGGAGUUACUAGCGUUAGCAGUGGUACCGGUACGUCUAAAAAGACAAAAAUACCCUCGAACAUCUCCACAACUUACCGUGAGCAACCAAGCUCUCCUUCCUCCGUCUCACUCCCUCCUCUCCUUGACCCCACCACAACCCUCGGCUACACCGACAGUAGCUGGUCCUACGACAGCCGUAGCACCAACACAACCACCGCAAUAACCGAGCACGUGUCCUGUUUCUCCACUGCCACUACUACUACUGCCUUGGGCUUAGAUGCUAACGUUGAUUUAUUCAACCAUCUUCUACCGCCUGCGCCGCAUGGGUUUGACCCUUUUCCGCGCUUUGUCUCUAGAAACGCCUCGCCUCUAUCUAACUUUAGGUCGUUCCAAGAGAACUUCAAUUACUUUCCUUACUUUGGGUCGUCUUCUGCAUCCACCAUGACCACCUCCGUUAACCUGCCUUCUUCCCACGGUGGUACCGGAAUGAACUACUGGCUACAGACGACGGCGGAAGAGAACGAGACAAAGGCCGGUCUGCUUAACGGUGGACUUGAUUGCGUAUGGAAUUACUAAACACAAAAAGAGGCGUUAACUAAUAAUUGUGUUCCCGUUAGGGAUGGUUAUGUUUAAAUUUCUAGGAUGCUUAUGAUAUUUCUAAGUGUGUCGAGGAGCUUAAUAACGCCCCUAGCUUGGUGUGUUUGUUUAAUUAUGUAGUUUUUGCGUAUCCAACUGUGUUAGUAUAAGGUGCACAAGAAAGUGUUUUGGUCUAUUUAACUUGUGUGUUAAUGUAUAAGUUAUCGUCG